AUGACACAUAAUAACAAUAAUAAUUAUGAAGAUGAAGAUGAAGAUUAUCUCAUCGAUGAGGAAGAAAUCAAUAACAUCAAACUCGAUGAUAUGGAACCACCAGUUCAACUCAACACCUCAUUUGCCAACUACAUCAUCAUUGACAAUAUCCCAAAUGAAGUUGUAGAAUCAAAGCAUGACAAGUUAAAGGCUGUAUUACACAGAGUCUACUCAAAGAACUUUGAAAUUGCUCCAAAUGGUUUCUACAUGCCAUUAACUGAAAAGAAGUUAACUAAAGGUUAUUGUUUUAUUGAAUAUGUUAAAAAGGAAGGAGCAAUUGAUGCUUUUAACAAUAUUAACAAUUAUGCAUUGGAUACCAAACAUACAUUGCGUGUCAAUUUGUUGGACGAUCACAAGAAGUUGAUGAACUUCCCAGCAGUGUACACUGAACCAAAGGCCGAAGAGUUUGUCAUCAAAGAAAACAACAACAACUGGUUGUACAAUGAAAAGUCACUCAAGGGUUACGACGAGUUUGUUCUCCGUUAUGGUGACACGACCGAGAUUUGUUGGAACGAAAUGAACCUUGGCAAGCCAACCUCUGAGAUUGCCAAGACCCAAUGGACCAGCUCCUACGUCCAAUGGUCCAACAGCGGCACCUACUUGGUCACCUUCCACCCCGACCGUAUCGUCUUGUUUGGCGGUGAAAACUGGACACAAAUCGCCGAGUUUAAGCACCGUGGCGUCCAAUUGAUCGACUUUUCACCAGAGGACAAGUACUUGGUCACCUUUGCACCAGUCACCAACGACGAUCCAAAGGACCCCAAGUCGAUCAUUGUCUGGGACAUUCGUAGCGGCAAGAAGCUCCGUGGCUUUGUUGCCCCACCCAAGGAACACUUCUCGUGGCCCGCUUUCCACUGGUCGGCCAAGGACCGUUACUUUGCUCGUCAACAAGCCGACAAGGGCAUCGACAUCUACGAAGCACCAUCUUGCAACUUGCUCGACAACAAGACCGUCCCCAUCCCACGUGUCAAGGACUUUUCGUGGUCACCAAGCGAUCUCGCUCUCGCCUACUUUGUGCCAUGUACCGAUGGUUUGCCCGCCAAGAUCACCGUCCUCGAAGUGCCAUCGAAAAAGGUGCUCGCCGAGAAGCCCAUCUGGGAGGCUUUGGACGCCCGUUUCCAUUGGCAAAAUGCCGGUGACUACCUCUGCGUAAAGGUUGACAAGAAGCUCAAAAAGAAUCAACCAACCGCCCCCGCCACCAAUUUCGAACUCUUCCGUAUGCACGAGUCCAACGUGCCAAUUGAGAACUUUGAAGUGUCGGCCCAAGUCAAGGCCUUUGCCUGGGAGCCACGCGGCAAGCGUAUCGCCGUCAUCCACGGUGAACAUCGUCACGACAUGACCGUCUCCUUUUUCGAAAUCACCAAGAAAAAGGUAAACUUUUUGACCAAGCUCGAACAUCGUAAGCUCAACACCAUCUUUUGGUCUCCACAUGGCAACUAUGUCCUCCUUGCCACCGUCGGAGAUACCGGUGAACUCGAGUUCUUUAACGUCAACGAUCUCGAGACCAUGUCCACCCAAGAACACUUGCAAUGCACCGGUGUCGAUUGGAAUCCAUCUGGUCGUUUUGUCACCACCUAUGUAUCGCAUUGGAAGGUCACUACCGAUGCCGGGUACAAGAUCUGGACAUUUGCCGGUGAGCCAGUCUAUGCCAUGCUCAAGGAUCGUUUCUACCAGUUUGUCUGGCGUCCACGUCCACAACUCAUCCUCACCGACGCUCAAAUCGGUAACAUCAAGUCGAGUCUCAAGACCUUUGCCGACAAGUUCAAGGAGAUGGACGAACGUGAUCACCGUGCCAAGGUUGAAGAAGAGAACCGUCGUCUCGACCAAUUGAUGAAGGAGUUCCUCGGUCUUGUCCAACGUAACGAAAAGGAAUACCAAUCUCAUGCCGCUGAAAGAGCCAAGCGUAACAUUUGUGAAGAUAUCGAUCAAAAGGAUCUCUACGAAGAUUAUGAACCCAUCAAAGAAUUGGUUGAUGUUCAAUCAAUUGUUAUCAAGAAAUAA